AUGGAAAAGAUAUCAGGAGAAGGAGGUGUUGGGGAGAAAGACGGAAUCUUUAGAGCAGAUAAAAUCGAUUUGAAGAGUUUAGACAAACAGCUUGAAAAACAUCUGACUAGGGUUUGGUCAAGAAACCUUGAGAUCAACAAUAAAGCUGAGGAAGAGUGGGAGAUUAAUAUGGCUAAGUUGGAAACAAGGAACGUUAUUGCUCGUGGUACUUUUGGUACGGUCUAUAAAGGCAUCUAUGAUGGUGAAAAUGUUGCAGUGAAAGUGCUUGAUUGGGAAGAAGCUGGAAAAGAAAGCACAACAACUCGGGCUUUAUUUCGUCAAGAGGUGACUGUUUGGCACAAACUCGACCACCCAAAUGUCACAAAGUUUGUUGGAGCAUCAAUGGGAACAACAAAUCUUAAAAUACCUUCAGCUGAUUCAGAAAACCCUUUGCCUCAUCGAGCUUGUUGCGUGGUUGUCGAAUAUGUUCCUGGUGGAACAUUGAAACAGUACUUGAUACGUAACAGACGCAAGAAACUCGCUUUUAAAGCUGUUAUCAAACUCGCUCUCGAUCUCUCCCGAGGGCUAAGUUAUUUACAUUCAGAAAAGAUUGUGCAUCGUGAUGUGAAAACAGAAAAUAUGCUUUUGGAUGUUCAAAGGAAUUUGAAAAUAGCGGAUUUUGGAGUAGCGCGAGUGGAAGCUCUGAAUCCAAAGGACAUGACUGGAGAAACUGGCACUCUUGGAUAUAUGGCUCCUGAGGUUAUCGAUGGUAAGGCAUACAACAGAAGCUGCGACAUUUACAGCUUUGGGAUAUGCUUGUGGGAAAUCUACUGUUGUGAUAUGCCUUAUCCUGAUCUUAGCUUUGUCGAUGUUUCUUCAGCGGUUGUCUUACAUAAUCUGAGACCGGAGAUACCGAGAUGCUGCCCGACCGCAUUGGCGAGUAUAAUGAAAAAAUGUUGGGAUGGCAAUCCGCAGAGACGACCAGAGAUGGAAGAAGUCGUGAAGAUGCUUGAAGUAAUUGAUACCACUAAAGGGGGCGGAAUGAUACCGGAAGAUCAGAGUCCCGGCGGCUGUUUCUGCUUCGCUCCAGCUCGAGGCCCUUAA